CAAACAGUGGCCCAGAGACCUUUAUCGCUCGUCACACAUUCCCCUCCGCAAACCCGAACCACUUUUCCCAAUAUCAGGCAGCCCCAUCGGCUACGAUAUUUCCAUUCAUUUCAUCCGUCACCGUCAAAUACAAUAAAAACGCCACAACAGAGAAAAUAAAUUUUCCGUGCGCGCGGGUGUCAGAUUUUUCGUAAUCUCUUCUCGGCAUUUUCUAUAAAUUAUUUUCAUAAAAAUUUUACGUAUUUUUUUACGUUCUCAUUUAAAACAUUGAAUUGUGGAACGUUCAAAUGAAAAAUUCAUCGUGAUUUAUUUAAAGGUUUAUUUGAGAAAAAUUUCAAAAGAUUAAAAUCGUGUCCGGGAAGGUGAAAAAUCGAAGAGAAAUAAUAGGAAAACAACAAAACGCGCGAGCAUUCAGAAGAAAAAAUCGAAUAAGGAAAAGCUCGAGAUUCGGCAAAUAUAAGAAGAAGAAAAGUAGCAAAACACAGAGACCGAUUUUUGUGUUGGAGUUCACGACGGAUAAAUAAAGAAGAAUUGUUCAAAACGGCAGAGGAAAUGGAUGAAGACAACAAUGAUUUAUUGGCCUCGGCUUCUGAAAUGCAACGAAAUCGCCUAUACUUUGUAGCAUUUAAGAAGAGCUUCAAACCAAAAAAUACUGCAAAUACGCAUUACUUCAGUAUUGACGAUGAUUUCGUCUAUGAAAAUUUCUAUAAUGAUUUUGGGCCGUUAAAUAUUUGUAUGUUAUAUCGGUAUUGUCAAAAAUUGAAUCGUAAACUAAAUUCCAAAUGGCACGCAAAUAAGAAAAUUGUUCAUUAUACAUCUAUGAAUCCUGCAAAACGUUUGAACGCUGCCUAUCUGAUUGGUUCGUAUGCCAUUAUCUAUUUGAAUAAGACUCCCGAGGAGGCGUGUAGACCUUUAGUCGCUGGCGACAUUCCAAGCUAUACACGAUUUUGUGAUGCAUCUUAUGGACCAUCAGUAUAUAAAAUUUCAUUGAUCGAUUGCUUGAAUGCAGUGUACAAGGCGCUAAAAUCCGGGUUCUUUAACUUUGAUGAUUUCGACGCUGAGGAAUAUGAAUAUUAUGAGCGUGUCGAGAAUGGUGACUUCAAUUGGAUUGUUCCUGAAAAAUUUAUAGCAUUCUGUGGUCCACAUCAAAAAUCUAAAACAUUAGCUAAUGGCUAUCCAUGUCAUUCGCCUGAAACAUAUUUUGAUUAUUUUCGUGAAAAUAAUGUUACGACGAUAAUACGUUUGAAUGCCAAAGUAUAUAAUGCAUCUUGUUUUGAGAAUGCCGGAUUUGAGCACAAAGAUUUAUUUUUUAUUGAUGGUAGUACACCGAGUGAUAUAAUUUUAAAGAAAUUUCUAAUGAUAUGUGAAACAACAGAUGGUGCUAUUGCUGUGCAUUGUAAAGCUGGUCUUGGCCGAACUGGUAGCUUGAUUGGUGCCUAUAUAAUGAAACAUUAUAACUUUUCGGCACUAGAAGCUAUUGCGUGGUUGCGAUUAUGUCGUCCAGGAUCAGUUAUUGGACACCAACAACAAUGGAUGGAAGACAAACAAGCCUGGCUGUGGAGCGAAGGCGAACGAUAUCGGAAGCGCACAAACACCACCAUGACCAGGCAUAUCUUUGGAAUUUAUAGUAAAAUGAAGAAUCAAAAGGACGUAUCGAAUGAUAAUCCAGAUGGUGGCGGUGGCGGCAUAUUAAAUCGUGUCAAAGGCAUUUCACAUAAAGUGGACACAAUGAAUUUGAAUGAUGAAGAAAAUGAAAAUGGUAAUGAUGAUACCGAUGAUGAAGAUGACACUAGGCAAGUGAUACGAAUACCUGACUCGGCCAUAGUUGAAAAAUUACCGCUCAGUAUUGAAUCAUUACAAAUUGAUAGGCGGAUAAAAGUUAAGCCGAAUACGUUAUUUGAAGCAAUAACGAGUACAGUUCCAGUUGUUGUUAAGAAUGCAGCAUUAAGGACGGCACAAAAUACACAAACGACACAAAUGUCGGAGAGGAAAGGUGCACAAACACAAGGCGAUAAAUUGAAUCAAAUUAAAGCAAUGCGACGACAUCAUCAUUCAAGAUCGGUUAAUGUAGCUGGUACUAUUGAUUGUGAUAGUCCCCUACGACAUACACGCGCAAGAUCCCAACCUUUUCGAAAUAAUACAAGCAUAUGUAAUGCAAUAAAUGCCACGUCAUUGCCUGUUAAAGGUGACUCGAUUCUUGAAUCGAAUCAUUCCGUCACAAGAACAGCUAAUCGUAUUGCACUCUAUAACAAAAGAAUGGGUUUAAUGCAAUUGCGUAAGACUGAGCACCAACACCAAUCUCAGUCAGGCACUACUGCUACCAUACAUAAUCAAGACAUCUCCGGUUCAACAGCUAUCACCACUAGUUUAUCGAAACAAACGAAAAUGUAUAACAAUGCAUUGAUCUCGGCAAAUAACAAUAACAAUGUAAUGGCAUCAAUUACUGAGAGUAAAAUCCCAAUUGUUCGAGGCAGCAGUGGGGAUGAUACAAAAACAUCAUCACGUCUUUCACACCAUCUUCAUCACAUGACACUACGAAAUCGUUCCAAGGUGCGCAUACGAUCCACCAUCCGUGAUAGCUCCUCGACACACACGACCACCACAUCGGGAACAAAUUAUCACCAUAAAGCUUCCACAACAACUCCCACAAUCGAUUCAAAUUCCAACCCGAUCCUGAUUGAUGAUAACAAAGCCAUAGAAGAUCGACUAGUAGAAAAGACUGGAGGAAUUACACUUGAGUUGAACUCAACAAAUCCUUCGAAUACUGCUAACAACGGUAAUCUUCCGUCAGGUAUUCCUGUAAAUAGCAAUAGCGUGAAACGAGGCAAACGUUCGCUUAGUAGUACACGAAUAGAUAAGGACAAAUGCGAUGAGUAUAACACCAAACUACUUCGUAAGGCUGCUAAUAAUAAUACCAAUAAUAACAACAAUAAUAAUGGUGCUGCUACUGUGACAACAGCAACUACAACAACAUCAUCAAAUUCAUCAUCGACAGCAUCGUCUACGGCCUCAUCAAUUCUGAAAACUUCGUCGUUAUCACGUAAAUUAGGUUCAACUAGUUUGGGUAGUCAUGAUCAACACCAGCAGACAACAUCAUCGAGCGGUUCUCGUAAGUCUACAGAGCAAUCGAUGUCACUUAAAUUGCGAAAGAAAAUUAGUUAUUAGAGGAAAAAAUAUUGAUUAAAUCAUUCAAUCAACUGCAUACAUAUACAUUUAGGACGAAUUAACACACAUAUUCAAUGUAGAGUGACAUCAUAGGGUUUUUUGUAGAUGGAAGAGAUAUAAAUGCGGUAGAAGAUGUUAAUAUAAACGUGUGCCGGGUUUUUGGGAUUUACUUAAAAACUGGCUUCCUAGUCGGGACAUUUUUUUCAAUGUGGGCUAUAAGUAGAUAAGUGGCAAAGGCAGUUCAGCUUCCAAAAAUUUCUGUAAGGAACUUGCCGAAGGUAAAAGUAGAAAAACAGAAGUAUCUAUUCAACAUUGAAAUGGAAAAGAUAUCAAGAGAAGAAACCUAGUCCAAGGCUUAUCUUACAACUGCUUAUUAGUUGCGGCAAUCUUAAUUCGUCUAGUACGACUAGGAGAACAGUAUUUGAUUAGAUCAAAACGACGCUGAAAAAAAAGAACAACUUAAAACUAUUUUAAAAGAAAAACUCCUCAAAUAGUAGUCGUUUGUAGUAGUAUAUGUGUAAGGGAAAAAUAUAUAAAAUAGAUUUUAAAGUGCACUUUAAAGCUAGCAGUACAGUCUGAUGGGUGCAUUUAAAAUAGACCACUUGGAUUAUUGUACUACUCAAUAAAAAACACAAAAUCCAUAUACUUAUUGCAUAUAGAAAACAUUAUUACACACACGGGAAACAUACUAAAAUCACACAAAAAGUUAGCGACAAAACCAUCUCAAUGGACAUUUCUCAUUGGCUUCUAAAAAAACGGUGGCAAUUUCAUUGGGAAAUUAUUACUUUUGCAACAAAGUGGUCUAUCUGCUAUGCUCAAUACUACAACUGUACGCUUAUGUAACAAAAAAAAUGAAACUAAUUAUACUUAUAUAUAUACAAAUUAUUUAAAAAAUCCAUAUAUACAUAUAUUAUAUACAUAUAACGAAGUGAAAUCUUGUUAAGAUGUAGCGUUACGUAAGAUUAUCCAUGGUGAUAGUGAAUUACGACAUGGCAAACUGAUUGCGACAAUUCUCUCUCUUUGUCUGGCCCCCCCGCUGAGAUUUAUUUAUAGUUCAAAAAGGCAUAGGAUCAACAAAAACAACUUAAUUUUCGCAACUUUGGUGUACAAAUUGCAUUCACACUGCCUUAGUGAUGUAGUUAAUAUAUUUUAAAUUAUGCAUUUACCUUUCUCACAUUCACAUAUGCACUUACACUCAACUCACUCAUUAAGGACAUCAUGGUAUUAUAAGCAACGCUUUUUCAUCGUUUUAAAUCACUUUCAAGGGCCUUUCAGUUAUAUUGGCUUCGUUCGCAGGAGUAUAUGUCAAUCAGUUAUCAUAAUUUUUGGUUUAAACUGUUCUAUAUCAUGGGACAGACAGAUCCCACUCAAAUGUAUGAAAUAGGCUAUCUCGUGCUUCUGGUACUGGCCUAAAUGCAUUUAGUAGAAGUAUAAAAGAUGUGGAAGUUGUCGGCUGAGCAAUUGUCUUUUUGUAUUCCUCAUCCCCCUCGUGAACUGGAGUUCAAAUGAUAUUUUCGACAUUGUAUGUUGCUGGGACUAGACACAGCUGCUUCAUGCACUUUAUUAUUAUAGAAAUUCUCAUUGUAGCCUCUUUCUACUAGGCAAGCUUUUAUUAGGUUGUUGCACAUGAAUUGGCCGAUUUGGUACUAAAAUUUGAAACGACUGUAAAGCUUACAAAAAUUUAUUUAAUUAAUCAAAAUAGUUGUCAGUCGAUGGCCACUUUAUUCCUUAAUGGUUUUUGCGCCAAAAAAUGAACCCAAAUGGUUAAAAAAGUGAUAGUCGGUUGGCGAAAGGUCCGGUGAAUAUGGUGGAUGAGGCAAAAUCUCAUACUGCAAUUCGUCCAACUUUUGAACCAUUGUUCUGGAUACAUGAGGUGGUGCAUUGCUUGAAGGAGCAUCACACCAUCUCUGUUGACAAAUCUCAGCCCUUGAAUAUACAAUUUUUGUUGCAUUUCCUCGAGUUGGGCACAGUAUUUCUGUGUAUUCAUCGUUUGUUCAGGUGCCAAAAAAGAAUAAUGGAUAACUCCAGCAGUAGACCACUAAACAGUCACCAUUACCAUAUUCUGUGCAAAAAGGUAUCACAUCUGUUGCGGGUGAGUAAAGAACUGCAAAUUUUCAUUCAAAGUGUCGAGCUUUUUCACCUUUCUACGUUGUUGCAA